AUGCACUGGCUGCGGAAGCUCCAGGGGAUCUGCAUCCGAAGGAGGACGCAGAUGGCCUGUCGCACUGUCCACAUUCAUGCCAAGCAGCUGGCAUCACUGCAGUGGGGCCACCAGGAAGUACCUGCCAGGUUCAACUUCGCUAGCGACGUGAUGGAUUACUGGGCUGGCAUGGAGAAGGCCGGCAGGAGGGCGCCGGGCCCUGCGCUGUGGUGGGUGAGCGGCCGCGGGCAGGAGGUGCGCUGGGACUUCGGCCAGCUGCAGGAGCUCAGCCAGCGGACGGCCAACGUCCUGGAGGGAGCGUGCGGCCUGCAGCGUGGGGACCGCGUGGCCGUGGUGCUGCCCCGGGUGCCCGAGUGGUGGCUGGUGACGCUGGGCUGCAUGCGAGCAGGCCUGGUCUUCAUGCCCGGGACCAUCCAGAUGACAGCCAAGGACAUCCUCUACCGGCUGCAGGCGUCCAAGGCCAGGGCCGUCGUGGCCGGGGACGAUGUGGCCCAGGCAGUGGACACGGUGGCCCCCGACUGCCCAUCUCUGAGAACCAAGCUGCUGGUGUCUGAGCACGGCCGGGAGGGCUGGCUGCACUUCCAGCCGCUGCUGCAAGGGGCAGCCCCCGCUCACCGCUGCGUGGAGACGGCGGGCCAGGAGGCGGCGGCCAUCUACUUCACCAGCGGAAGCACCGGGCUCCCCAAGAUGGCAGAGCACUCCCACGCCAGCCUGGGCAUCAAGGCCAAGAUGGACGCUGGCCUGUGGAUGGGCCUGCAGGCCUCGGACCUGGUCUGGACCAUCUCGGACACGGCCUGGAUCCUGAACAUGUUGUGCUCCUUCCUGGAGCCCUGGACAGCGGGCGCCUGCGUGUUCGUCCACCUGCUGCCCAGGUUCGACCCCCUGGUCAUCCUGCAGGUUUUGUCCAGCUACCCCGUCAGCAGCUUGGCGGGCGCCCCGCUGGUGUACCGCAUGCUGGUGCAGCAGGACCUGUCCAGGUUCCGGUUCCCGCACCUGCAGGGCUGCUUCAGCGGCGGGGAGGCCCUGCACCCGGGCACGCUGGCCAGCUGGCGGGCGCAGACAGGCCUGGACAUCCGCGAGUUCUACGGCCAGACGGAGACGGGCCUCACCUGCAGAGUGUCCAAGACCAUGGCGGUGAAGCCGGGCCGCCUGGGGACCGCCGUGCCCCACUACGACGUGCAGGUCAUCGACGACCAGGGCCGCGUCCUGCCGCCAGGCGCGGAGGGCGACCUGGCCAUCAGGGUCAAGCCCCACCGGCCCAUCGGCAUCUUCUCCGGCUACGUGGACAACCCUGAGAAGACAGCGGCCAACAUCCGGGGGGAUUUCUGGCUCAUGGGAGACCGCGCCAUCAAGGACCAAGACGGCUAUUUCCAGUUCGUGGGGCGGGCAGACGACAUCAUCAACUCCAGCGGGUACCGGAUCGGGCCCGGGGAGGUGGAGGACGCCCUCAUGGAGCACCCCGCUGUGGCAGAGACGGCUGUCAUCAGCAGCCCAGACCCCGUCCGAGGAGAGGUGGUGAAGGCCUUUGUGGUGCUGGCGCCGCAGUUUGUGUCCUGCGACCCGGAGCAGCUCACCCGGGAGCUGCAGCAGCACGUGAAGUCGGUGACCGCCCCGUACAAGUACCCGAGGAAGGUGGAGUUUGUCUUGGACCUGCCCAAAACCGUGUCUGGGAAAGUCCAGCGGACGAAACUCCGAGACCAGGAGUGGAGGAGGCCUGGGCCAGCCCGGGCCCAGUGA